CUCUGGUUAAUGAAGCCUAACAUCAAAAAACUUAAUGAUGAUUGCAUGUUUUCAGAAGCAUUGCAGACAUAAUUGCUAUUGAAAACUAAAUUUUGUAUUGAAAAAACAUGGUUGUUUUUAAUAUAGAUACUUGUGUGUCACCUUUUUUCUGCAAUGAAUAUUGUUUUUCCAUUUUGUUUUAUUAUAUGCUCACUACAGAAAUCUCCAUUACCAGUUUUUCCAGCUGGUAAGGAAGAAAGCAGCUUUGCAGAUUAUUUGAGUCAAAAAGUUACCUCAGACACUAUGAAGGCAUUCACCUCAGUGAGGUUGUUCUUUAAUCUUCCAGGACUGAUUGGCCAUGAAGAUGAGGAACCACACUGCAGUUACUGAGUUCCUCCUGAUGGGAAUCCCUCAUACAGAAGGGAUGGAAAAUGUGCUCUUGGUCUUCUUCCUGGGCUUGUACCUUCUCACUCUCGUGGGAAAUCUGCUCAUUCUUCUGGCCAUCCUCUCUUCCCCUAACCUCCACACCCCCAUGUAUUUCUUCCUGGGAAACCUGUCAGUGUUUGACAUGUUUUUCCCUUCAGUGAGUUCUCCCAAAAUGAUGCUCUGCCUAAUGGGACACAGCCACACCAUCUCCUUCCAGGGCUGUGCAACUCAGCUCUUCUUUUACCAUUUCCUGGGCUGUACUGAGUGUUUUCUGUACACCGUGAUGGCCUAUGACCGCUUUGCAGCCAUCUGCCACCCCUUGCGAUACAUGGUCAUCAUGAGCCAUCGGGUGUGUGCCAUCUUGACUCUGGGCACCUGGAUGGGGAGCUGUGUGCACGCCUCUGUCCUCACAUUCCUUGUCUUUAAGUUACCCUACUGUGGCCCCAAUGAGGUGAACAAUUUCUCCUGUGAUAUCCCCGUGAUGCUGUCCCUAGCCUGUGCUGACACCUCUCUGGCUCAGACGGUGAGUUUCACCAAUGUAGGUGUUGUUGCUCUCAUGUGCUUCCUUCUUGUCCUCACUUCUUAUACUCGCAUUGUUAUCUCAAUAUUGAGAAUCAGCCCAUCAGAAGGCAGGCGCAAAGCCUUCUCAAACUGCAGUGCCCACCUGACCUCCAUCCUACUCUUCUAUGGCCCGGUGGUGCUCAUUUAUCUGCGGCCUGCUUCCAGCCCGUGGCUGGAUACUGUGGUCCAGGUGUUGAGUAAUAUUGUUACCCCUUCCCUUAAUCCUUUGAUUUACACCUUGAGAAACAAGGAUGUGAAGUUGGCCCUGAGAAAAGUGCUAAUCCCAGGAGGACACACUUGUUGA